AUGGUUCGGAGGUGCACAGGCACGGCCAUCGCAAGCCGGUGUCGAUGCAUGCGGAGAUGCACGCGAUUUUUAGCGUCACUGGCAUGUCCCCGUCGUUCAAGAAGCAAGUUCAAGGGACUGAGCGGCGAGUUCCACGGGGGACACUCGGCACACCGCCAGAACAUCGAACAAAAGGGACAAAAGGGAGCGCAGGUGCCGAAUGGUGCCUUUCAGGGUGCAGACGGCUUGCAGGUUCAGACUCAUUACACGCCCACUGUGCGCUGGCCCAAAGGGAAGAGUAAGCGCUCGCUGCGAGGCAGCGGUGCGGGGGGCAGCGGCUCCAGCAGCGGAAGUGAGAGUAGUGCGAGUGAGAAUCCACACUUUAUCACGUCAGAGUCCUGCGGCAGUUGCUCAGGGAAGGAGGUGGAGAGGAGAUGGGACGCCCGGCGGCGCGAUUCUCGGGUGAACGGCGCGGAUAUUUAUGUGGCUCGAUUCACGAAGAACGGGAUGGGCAGCGCCAGGCCCUGCUGGCGUUGUUUGGAGUGGUGCAAGUGGGCCGGGGUCAAACGGAUAUUCCACUGGAACAACGAGGAGGGCAGGUUCGAUGUCGUGAAGGUGAACAGCGCGCAAAGGGAUAUAUACGAGACGCACGCCGAUUUUCGCCUUUUCGCCGGACUGGGAUGGUGA